AUGGGGGAUGUUUUGUGCUUGGUGUUUGCAGAAUACCCAUAUCCUUUUAUGACAGUAGAUGUUGAGAAGGCAGCUGCAAGGGCCUAUGAUUACAUUGUGGUUGGAGGAGGUACAGCAGGGUGUCCUCUUGCUGCAACACUCUCACAGCAUUAUUCUGUUCUGCUAGUGGAAAGGGGAGAUUCCCCCUAUGGUAAUCCUGACACUGCAGACAUUAAAGGACUUUUCAAGGUUCUUGGGGAUCCUAGUGAAUUCCCUUAUGUUAUGCAGGGAUUUGUCUCAGAAGAGGGAGUGCAGCUGGUAAGAGGAAGAGUUCUGGGAGGUAGCACAGCCAUCAACGCUGGUUUCUACAGCAGGGCAAGCUCGGAAUUCAUUCGGGAGAUGGAGUGGGAUGAGAAACUUGUGAAUGAAUCAUACGAAUGGGUGGAGAAGUUGAAUGCCUUCGAACCAGACAAGCUUUUUCGCUGGAAUUCUGCUUUCAAGGAUGCACUUUUGGAAGCUGGAGUGCUUCCUUACAAUGGGUUUAGUUUGGAUCAUUUGGAGGGCACCAAGAUUAGUGCUUCAACCAUUGACAACGAUGGAAGGAGACACACAGCUGCAGAUCUUCUGCAAUAUGCAAAUCCAGAUAAUAUUGUGGUUCUUCUGAACACUACAGAUAGUCCUGGGACCAAUCCACAAGCCACUUCUAUGAUGCUUGGAAGGUAUACAGGUGUUCGUAUCCUGCAAGAGCGGAUGAACAUUUGUGAACAUAGACCAUUUUAA